AAAAUCCUCCAGGAUGUCCCCAAGUGCAGGAGUUUGCUUAUGAAUCUUUGAGCUAGCUGAAGGAAAUGUAAAAUCAAAUGUAGACAGACAGCUCCCUAUUGAAUACAUAUCCACAGAGACCCAGGAACACUUGUACUUCUAGCAAGGGUGUGGAAUAAAUUUCACUUGAAAGAAUAAUAUUCUUCAGAUACACCUAUUUUGGUUGGCAGUAGGCCUUGUGAGCUCUUCAGGGAGCUGCCAUGACAACCACAGUAGACAGGUGGGUCUGGACGUGCACAUUCUUUGCAGAAUGGCAGAAGACCAGCAAAUCAAUAUUUAAUGUGGAAGCUGCUUCAGACCCUGACAUGCAUAAUUGAUUUCCAUGCUGGGGUACAGACAGGCCAGAAUCAAGCCCUGCAUUACAUCUACAGGGAACAACAUCUGAUCCAAACCUCUCAGAGGACCUGUUGCUCGAUAAGGCCCAAACCAACAACUCAUUUAAAUAGGCCACACUCUGUGAACUGGAGAAAGAGACGGGAUUUUUUCCAGGUUUCAGCAUUCAUCAAUAUGAAAAGCCAGAUGUUAGAUAAAACACGCGCAUUUCCAUGUGCAGCCCAAACGCUAUGCUUGUUCACUCAAAACUCACAGGCAGGAAGCUGCAUCGCAACCACCAUACCAGGAACAAAACAGCAAAAAGGAACUUCCAGAGACGCAGCACGAACACUCCGUCCCUCCACCUGGCAGGGUGGUAAUGUCACCAGCAGCCAAAAACGCAGGCAUACAGGUCUCCCAGGCAACAGUGGAGCAUGUCUUGGAGAGGAGCUGGUUAUCCCUGCCCCAAGAUGGCUACUCCAGCUUACACUCAGCAAGGAAGCUCCUGGACAACGGCUGGCAAAUGGCUUGCUUCAGCAUCCCUUCUCUCAUCACUGGAUUUGUUGUUGGAACUGAGGCGUUAGGCAUGCGGAAAUGCAUCUGACUUAAACUUAACUUGUAACACCUCCCAUGCCUAAGCACCUAGGUGGGGGUGGCCCAAAACUUGUUGCACACCCGCAUGCAAGCCAAAACCAAACCAAAACCAGGGACUCUGAACUUGGAUUGAAACAACAUGCAAACAGGGUGAAUAGGGUAAAAACAAUUCACCUUAGCUGGACCUUGGAUGUGACCUCGGCUGAGCAGAAAGAAGGAGUGGCUCCUCUGCCCUGAAACUGGAGGUUGCUUGACUCAGGUUGGAAGACUGUCUGCAAGACAAUUCCCAGAUUCAAGAAUUAACCUCAGGUUCAUCAACUCACAGUUUCCCAUUAUGCCCCAAAGGGCCCAGUAGUUCCUUAGCAGAAAACAGCUACAUAUUGUAAAGAGAAAAGACAUAAAGUUGGACAAGCUGUCAUACAGGGAAUCCUGUCCAUAUUUACUAUUCUUGCUAUGAAGAAAGUUAUGAUAGUCUUCUGAAGAACCCCAGGAAUAUCAUUUGGGAUGAAAGCCCCAUUCAGACAUUAUGUUGUACAAAUGACACUUAUCAAAUGUGUAGCAGAUGUCUGAAUGACUGUAGCCCUAUUUACACAUUAUGUUCAACACUCAUACAACAAGUAUACAGUGCAGACAGGUACAGAUCUGUACACAGGUACAAUUAUUCACACAUUAUAUUGUACAUGUAAGGUAUUAAAGGGGCACAGGAGUGUCCCUUU